GUCGAUGCGAAUUCAUCGAUGGGUCAAAUGAAAGAUGAGAUGCGGCGACAGAUGCUUUUCAAAGGAGCAAGAAGAAUCGAUCGUCGCCAGACAGACCGAGUGAACACAACCCAAGAAACCUGUGCAAAACGGAACUCCAGAAUACUGAGAUAA